AUGUAUACGCUCAACGCCACGUUCGCACUGUCGCAGAUUCUGAGUAUACUUUUCAACGCCCAAAACGUGGACGAAAUCACCGAGAGCUCGUUUUUGUGUUUGUCGAUUAUGAGCGCUUGUUUGAAGGUGCUCAAUUUAUUGCUGAAACGUAACGACCUCAUCGAAUUGACGAACACCUUGCUCGGUGGUUUGUACAAAUACCGCGAUGAUGACGAAGAAAAAAUCCAACGAAAGUUUGACAGCACUGCGAGAUUCAAUACCAUUGUCUACUCGGGAAUGAUAUCAUUGAGCGCCGUGAUGGUAACCCUGCAAUCCUUGUUCAACACCGUACCCGAAAGGAGACUGCCCUUUCCAUCUUGGCACCCUUACAACUACACCAGAAGGACCGACGUCUACGUCGCAUCUUACUUCCAUCAGCUGAUGGGUAACAUCACCUCGGCUUUCCUACACGUCGGCAGCGAUACUCUCGUAACGGGCAUGAUGAUACAAAUUUGCGCCCAACUCGAGAUUUUGCAGUGUCGCAUGAAAAAGCUACCCGAUGGACUUCGAAGUGAAAACGCUCGUAGGAUGUGCUUGGAAAAAAGGAGGUACCGGCAACCCGAAGAGCUUGGGGACAUUAUACGACACCACGACUGCAUAUAUCGAUUCUGUAAAAUCUUCAACGCCACCUUUUCCAUGAUGAUGGUCACUCAGUUUUUGAUCGCGGCACUGGUUACGGGCUCGAGUGUGUUCCAGCUGUCGAAAAUGCAACUGUUCAGCUCGAGGUUCUUCACGUUACUCUCUUACCUGAUUUGCGUCGUCGCGCAGAUUUUCCUUUACUGUUGGUACGGCGAUGCAGUCUCCACCCAAAGUGUCAACGUGAGCAGCAUUACUUUGGACGUGGACUGGACCCACCUGGAUUCGGAGACAAAGAAAAGUUUGUUGGUCAUGAUGGCCAGAUCGAGGAAACCCAUAGAAAUGAAAACCGGAUGGAUCAUUCAUUUGUCCAUGUCAUCUUUCGCAAAGAUAAUGAAGACCUCCUACUCUGCGUUCAACUUCAUGCAACGUAUGGCGUAA